CAUGCUCUGGCUGGAGGGGUCUCCCGCCAUGAGCAAUGGCGCUUGGUGUGGCGUUACGGGCGUCACGGCGCUCUUGGUCUGCGUGUUCGCUUUUUGCCGCGCGUACGCUUUCAUGGAGUCCUGCGCCAAGAUCAGCGGGCGCACCCACGAUCGCAUGAUGGGGUUCGUCCUCCACGCCUCCGUGCCCCUCUACUUCGAUGUUCAGCCCUUGGGGCGCAUCCUAAACCGCUUCGCCAAGGACCUGGACUGCCUGGACAUGGAGCUGCCCAUGUACAUGUUCACGUUCCUGCAGUUUGCCGUCCUGGUCCUCAACGUCAUGCUCGUGUGCGUGGUCACGAGCUGGGCAGCGCUCAUCAUCGUAGCGCCCGUGCUGUGGAUUGGCUACCAGUUCCGCCAGUACUACGCGUCCACCAGCCGUGAGCUCAAGCGCCUGGAGGGAGUCUCGCGCACGCCCCUGUUCAACAACUUCGUCGAGACGGUCGGCGGCCUGCCCCACCUGCGGGCCUUCGGCAUGGUGGACGAGCAGGCCGCCAUGUUCCGCGCGAAGUGCGACCUGAACUUCAAGGUCUUCUUCCACCUGCACGCCCUUGUUCCCUGGCUGAUCUACCGCAUGGACCUGUUCGCGGCCACCAUGGUGUUCUCCAUCGGCAUCUCCUGCCUGUGGCUGCCGCGCACGGUGGAGACCGCCGCGCUCCUGGGCUUCGGGCUCACCACCGCGCUGAACCUCAUGGGGCGCCUCGUCCAGACCGUGCAGAGCUCCAUCGAGACCGAGAAUGCGAUGCUCUCGGUGGAGCGCAUGCUCUACUUCGAGACCAUUCCCCAGGAGACCGGCGACGGCGGGCCUGGGCCCGAGCCCGGCCCCGAGUGGCCGGCCGAGGGGCGGGUGCGCUUCGACGGCGUGCAGCUGCGGUACCGCCCGCACCUGCCGCUGGUGCUCGCCGGGCUGUCGUUCGAGGCGGCCCCUGGCGAGCGGGUGGGCAUCGUGGGGCGGACCGGCUGCGGCAAGAGCUCCACGAUGCUGGCGCUGCUGCGCCUCGUGGAGUGCGAGGGCGGCGUCGUCUCCAUCGACGGCGUCGACGUCUCGGAGGUCCCGCUGCAGCGCCUCCGGGGCCGCGCCGUCUCCAUCAUCCCGCAGGACCCCUACCUCUUCGGGGGCUCGCUGCGCGACAACCUGGACCCCUUCCACGUCCAGGGCGACGACGCCAUCCUGGCGGCGCGUAUCGGGGGCCCAGAUCUCCGCCGGCAUGGUUUUCCCGUCCAUUACCAGCCUCGAACGUAUCCC